AUGAUUUUAUCAUCGCAAAUUACCACUAAGCUAAUCAAUAGGCGAAUUUUUCACAAUUCAAACUUUAUUUCUAAUUUUUACACAAAUCGUACUACCUAUCGUAGUUUAUCCAAUAGUAAAAUUUAUAAUAAAUCCAAUAAUAAAAUUGAUGAUAAUGAUAUAAAGCAUAGCAACAAAUUCAGUAAAAUGUUAUCGAAAGUGGUAAAUCAGCGUAAUAUAAUGACACAGGCGUGUCUUUUACAUAGUGUUAAGUCAUCCAUUUCGUCAUCAAUUAUUUCAAACUCCUCAAUUAACGCCCAAGAUGAAGCUGUUAAUGGCUGUGAGAACUGUGAAAACGAUGAUAAAGAUGAGGCUGACGAACGAUUGCCCAGACUUUGGCAUUAUUUAACUCAACCCCAGCCCAUUUCCUCAACUAUGGUUAAUACAAAUAAUAUCGCCAAUAAUUUAAAAACUAUUGAUAAUGGCGUUAGUAGUAACGACAACCGUAGUUUUAGAGUAAUGAGCUUUAACGCGUUAGCCCAGAGUUUGGUGGAUGAUAAGUAUGCGCAAAACGACAAGAGAACGAUGAGUUGGGAAUACCGUAGGGAAGAAAUUUUGAGUGAGAUCUCACAGUCGAAUUCUGACCUUUUGUGUUUCCAGGAAAUUGACGAACGGGACUACGUUGAGUUCUUCAAGCCCAAAACUGAAGCUAUGGGUUAUAAUUCCGUAUACAAGCGUAAGCUCCAGGACAAGCUCGACGGGGUUUUAACUCUGUACAGGAGCCAGAGGUACAGACUUUUACUCAAAAAUGAACUUGAAUUCUGCUCACAACGACCUGAUUUCGAUAAACCGCAAGUGGCACUCAUUCUGGCACUAGUUGAUCUACGCUCUAGCAACUCAGUUGAUGCUAAUGACUCUGCAGAAAAUCUGGAAAGAUCUGAUGAUACUAAGAGUAAAGGCAAUGAGAUUAGUGAAUCCGAUGUGUUGGUUCUAACGAAUACACAUUUGAUAUUUAACAAGAGCAGAGGAGAUAUUAAACUGUACCAACUGUGUAACUUGCUCAAGGGCAUUCAGAAGACAAUUGAAUUGAUUAAUUCAUCUGAAAGCGCUAUUAAGUUUACUGAGCCAUUGGUAGAAACUUUUAGCUUGGGUGUAAAAUCAACAAUUUCAGUCACUCAGGAGUACAAACACUGGGUAGCCAGUCGUGUGAGAAAGUCAGAGCCCUCUGUAAUUAUCUGCGCCGACUUUAACAUUACCCCUCAGAGCCUUAUUUAUAACUUAAUUUUCAACGGUUUUGCGCCUCUGAGGAACAGUAACCGCAGAGUACUCUCCGGUCAAUAUCUAAUGUUCGAUAAUACAUAUUUAACUGCCUCAACAGGACAUAACGAAUCUGGUGAAACUCUAGGCAAUGCCAAACACUACAUUUCCGAUAUUUAUUCCACUAAAAAUAAGGAUAAAGCUAUUCAUAGUAAUAAGGAUAAAACUAUAGAGAGUGAGACUUUAGGAAGUGUUUUCACCAAUAACCAUUCCAAUGCUGAGGAAACAGUUAAAGCCUGUAAUGGUAAUUCGGAUGAAAUGCCCGAGAAUAAUAACUGGUAUGAAGAAAUUGGAAUUGAUGAAGAGUUUAAAGUUAAGCCGAAUCACGUUAGUUCUGAGGCAGUAGAAGAUUUCAUUAAUCUCAUAAAGCCCAAAUCAACUGAUUUGUCACGUGAAUUUGCCAAUAAACUUUCAUUAAUCUCAUCUAAUGGCGCUAGCAAUGGUGAUACUACUUCUAAUGGUGUUGAUAAUAACAACAUUGGCAGUGGAGAUGUGAUAUAUUGUCCCUUUAAGUUGUCAAGCGCUUACGCAAUGGGUGAUAGCUUUAAUUCUGAGCCAGCGUUUACUGCUUUUCACGGAUGGCAGCGAGGUUGCGUUGAUUACAUUUGUUACGACCCAAACUUUGUUCAGUUGGAGGCCAUCUACGAAAUGCCCCAAUACUCACAAGUUAAACGAAAUGGUGACUUACCACAUAAGGUACUCCAUUACAAUAUUUGGUUAAACAGAUGUGGUUAUAUAGUUAUAUCCCAUACGGAACUAUUUAUUCUGCAAUUAUAUAUCCUUUAG